CUUGGGGAGCAGUGGGCAGCAGCGGCGCCGCGCCAGGGAAUCAUUUUGGUGAUUUAACCCCCAACUCCAACCCUUGAUGCUGAGUGCCAAGCAGGGAGUGUUGUGUUUUGUGAACAAUCUGACGCCGGCUGAGUCAAGGCUGCACGCACAGUAGGUGACGGUAAUGCACACACAAGGUUGCUUGCCAACCGCCAUGAAAAUCAGAAGAAGAUGAAGAAGAAGGAGAAGAAGGCUGCACGCAUGCACAAUUGAAGCUGCUCCGUGAGACAAAGAAGGACGAAGGCUAACUACUUCCAGAAUCCCGAUUUUAAAGCCAUUUGGUGCGCCAUCCAUUUAUCACAAGUUGGCUGUUAUAAAGUUUCCAAACUGACCAAAGACCAACGAAUGACUUCUGAAGAAGGGUGGAUUUAUUUGUAGUUUAGUUAAACAAUAAUUUGCCCCGUCAGUGAUAUGGUUUGAAUGCUGCCUGAACGUUCCGAAUUUGGCAGACACGGUGAGGACAAUGCUGAGGAAAAUUGCCACAAACAAAGUCCUGGAGCAGCUUGGCCUCCGUGGAAAGUCAGGAAAAGUGGUGUUUGAGGACUUGCCCCUUUACAGAAUAAUAAAUAAGGCAUGCAGGGGUGUUUACAAGCAGAUGACCACAGCUGAAGUGGAUUGUGAGCUUGGAGAGGUCCUGAAACUGGCCACUUUUCGAAAGGGAGGUUCAAAAUUUGAGGAGAAGAGGAGGAAUUAAGAGGGAGGACAAAAAAGGAAAAAGAAACAAGCAAAAGAACAGAGUGAGAUGAGAGAUGGCUCCUUCUUUUGUGGUCGUUGAGUUCCUUGGUGAACAUUCAGUCGCUGUUGUCCCAACCAAAUGGACAGAAGAUGAUGGAAAGAAUACCUUCUGCUAUUGGCCAAGGCCAAAUCCUACCCACUCCAGAAUCCGGAAAGCUGAGAUUCCUGACAAACAAUUCUGGGAGAGGCUGCCAAUUCGGGUUUUCAGGAAAACAUUGACUGGUAAGGGAAUAUUGUCUAAGUCAUAUCAUGUAUAUUUUAAACAACAUAAGUUAAAUUCAUCUUGAGUCAUCGGCAUACUUUGAAAUUUUGCAGAAGACUUUGACAAGGCCCUUCAAUACGAAAAACAAGCUAAAAUGUUUUCGAGCCCAGAAGAAGUGUUAACCAAACGGAGCCACAUCACCCCUGAACGCUACAGAAACGAUGAGGAAGAUGUGUUUGAUGCUGACGCGAGUUCCUGACCACUUCAGCCAAUACCAGACCACUCCAAGGCAUCCAGGCCGACCUCACAGCCCAGCGAGAAGCAGCACUUCCAGGCUCAGUCCAGACAGGAAUGCAUCCAGCUCAAGCCAGUACCAGACCGCUCAAGCCAGUACCAGACCACUCCAGCCAGUACGAAUCAGUACCAGACCGCUCCAAGAAGCAGCAGGAAUGCCCUUGACAGUGAACUUGAACAUGAAAGUUCAAAAUAUACUUGAGAACCAGGGAGAAAUUAUGCGCAUGCUGAGAGGGCUGGCAGCACAGUCUGUGGGGCCAGAAUCUGUGGAUGUUCAAGAUCUCAUUGAUCAGCCUUUCGAGACUCUUGAGCAGCUGAAGGCCUUCUGUGAACGGCUCGACACUGAUCUUCUGCUCAGAAAGCAGCUGGUGAAAGCUCUUGCUGCUCUAGGUGGGCAGAAUUUGGCAGACACAGUGAGGACAAUGCUGAGGAAAAUUGCCACAAACAAAGUCCUGGAGCAGCUUGGCCUCCGUGGAAAGUCAGGAAAAGUGGCGUUUGAGGACUUGCCCCUUUACAGAAUAAUAAAUAAGGCAUGCAGGGGUGUUUACAAGCAGAUGACCACAGCUGAAGUGGAUUGUGAGCUUGGAGAGGUCCUGAAACUGGCCACUUUUCGAAAGGGAGGUUCAAAAUUUGAGGAGAAGAGGAGGAAUUAAGAGGGAGGACAAAAAAGGAAAAAGAAACAAGCAAAAGAACAGAGUGAGAUGAGAGGAUUUGGGUUUCCCUGCUUGGGCUGCUGCCCCCGAGACCCGACCUCGGAUAAGCGGAAGAAGAUGGAUGGAUGGAUUUACUUCCAGGAAGAGAACCAAGAAGGGGCAGGAUACACUGACGCGCACGACCAAGACCACUGCAUUCCAUUCCAUUUAUAAAUGAUAAAUGGGUUAUAUGUCAAAGCGCU